AUGUUUCAAAUUGAAGCAAAACCUGUAUAUAAGUGGAAUUACAAAACUUUAGCCAAGUGGCUGAAAUACAAAGGCUAUGAUAAGAAAGACAUCAACAUUCUCAAGAAAGAUCACUUUAAUGGUUAUAUCAUGCUCACCAUUGAAGUUCAAGACCUUAUUUCUCUAGGUUUAGAACCUGAAAAGGCCAAGUUAAUACUUUCAUCUCUUGUGGACUUGAGCCUCAAGCAAGAUGGACAUAUUGAGAAGUCAUUUGAUUGUGAGAUUAUAUUGCCUUCAACUCCAGUCAAAUCUACGUCGUCUUUUUCAUUUGAUUAG